AUGGUUUGGCAGCAGCGGGUUAGCAAAAUAGUCAUGGUGACACAGCUGAAGGAGAUGCAGAAGGUGAAGUGCGAGCAGUACUGGCCUGAGAAGAACAAAAGCAAAAAAUGCGGGAUCAGAGACGAGAAGGGUCUCCCACUUCCAGUUCCUCACCUGGCCAGACCAUGGUGUCCCAUCAGCUCCUGCUCUGGUCAGCUUUGGAAGAGAGUCAAACAACUGGACGGUGCAGAGGCGGAUCCGUUGGUGAUCCACUGCAGCGCUGGAGUGGGGCGGACUGGGACGUUCAUCGCUCUGGACUAUCUGAUGGUCCAGGCUGAGGCAGAGCACAGGGUCAACGUGUUCCAGUGUGUGUCUAGGAUGAGGCAGGCCAGGAUGAACAUGGUCCAGACAGUGGAUCAAUUCGAGUUCGUCCAUAUCGUGGUCCUUGAGGCCCUGGAGAGUAGAGGCACAUUCUACACAAUGACUGAAUUCAACCGCAUUUUCGGACGGGAGAGAAACUACAGCAAACAGCAAGACACUACCUUGAAGAAGGAAUUUAAAUCAAUUCAAGUACAAAGACCACGACAGACAGAAAAAUCCAUUUCCGACGCGAUGCUUGAAGAGAAUGUGUCCAAAAACAAGAACAAAGCCAUACUUCCAGGUAACAAGUCACGGCCGUAUCUAUCCACCCCAGCUGAAGGCUACAACAAUUACAUCAAUGCUGUUACUCUACCAUCAGUGAUGAGGUCCUGCAUGGUGAUCGCUACUCAGACGCCCAUGGAGAACACCGUGGUAGACUUCUGGAGACUUGUACACGACCAUGACUGCUUCACCAUUGUGUGUCUGGACGAUUCCCAGGAUGUUCAGCGUCUUUACCCUGGCACCAAGGGGAGCCUCCAGACUGGUCCGUUCAACAUUCGGCAAUCUCAAAAGAGAAAUAUGGGAAGUUUUACUGAGAAGACACUCGUGCUGACCCAUAAUAAACAGCAAGGAAGUCCUCAGACCGUCAGUUUCCUGAGCCCCAACUCUCUAGGGGGAUCAAUGUCACGUGACACUGCUGGGUUGCUGGAGUUGGUCAACAGAGUGGACACAACACUUCGCCAAGACCAGCACAAAGUUCUCGUCCACUGUGCUGACGGUGCCCGGAUGUGUGGGGUGUUCUGCAGCGUCCUGAACACCAUCAGUAGACUUAAGCUGGACUCAGUGGUGGACAUCUAUCUGACCAUCAGAGAGCUGCAGUUUGCCAGGCCACAGUUUAUACAGUCUUUCGUUGAAUACCAGUACUGCUACGACAUGGCAAAGGAAUACAUCCGGUCUGAGAACGUUUAGUGCCAACUAGGAACAAGUGUUCAGCGCCUGUGACAAUUAGGAAUCUGUGUAUGAUGACUGAAUAAAAAACACACACACACGCACGCACACACGCACGUAUUUACAAACACUACUUUGUCACUAUCUAUUUCUUAUGUGUUUCCUCUGUUGACCUUCGUUAUUCGUUAUUUUACAAUGUUAUUAUGAUAUUCUCUCAUUGACACAUACAAUUUAUAUUGA